CCCCCUCCUCCCAUGCAUCCCCCUCGCCCCACCAUCCGCGUCCAGGCAGCUGCUGAUUGGCUGCGGGGAGCAGCGCCCCAGCUCCCCGUCUCCGAGGCGGGAGCGGAGCGGGUCCGAGGUGGGAGGCGCACUAACCGGCUCUGGGAGCCCCUCCCAAGUCCCUGUGCCCAGCGCCCUGUGCCCUACGCGACGGCCGUGCCAGGACUCCAGGAGGGCAGGUGUAGAGGGAGCAAAGGGGACCACGGCCAAAGGUAGAAGCAAGUCCUGCAGAAAGAAAGGCGCUGCUGCUCCGGCUGCUGCCUCCGCCACUGCCGCCACCACCGAACCAGCAUCCAGUGCGGGGCUGGCAGGCCAGGCGCGGAGAGGAGGGGAGCGAGGGGCGAGCUCAUGGAGCACACGCACGCCCACCUCGUAGCCAACAGCUCGUUGUCCUGGUCCCCCGGCUCGACCUGCGGCUUGGGCUUCGUGCCCGUGGUUUAUUACAGCCUCUUGCUGUGCCUCGGUUUACCAGCCAAUAUCCUGACAGUGAUCAUUCUCUCUCAGCUGGUAGCUAGAAGGCAGAAGUCAUCCUACAACUAUCUCUUGGCACUUGCUGCUGCUGACAUCUUGGUCCUCUUUUUCAUUGUGUUUGUGGACUUCCUGUUGGAAGACUUCAUCUUGAACAUGCAGAUGCCUCAGGUGCCCAAUAAGAUCAUAGAAGUGCUGGAAUUUUCAUCCAUCCACACUUCUAUUUGGAUUACUGUUCCAUUAACCAUUGAUCGGUAUAUCGCGGUCUGCCACCCACUCAAGUACCACACGGUCUCCUACCCAGCCCGCACCCGGAAAGUCAUUGUAAGUGUUUACAUCACCUGCUUCCUGACCAGCAUCCCCUACUACUGGUGGCCCAACAUCUGGACUGAAGACUACAUCAGCACCUCCAUGCAUCACGUCCUUAUCUGGAUUCACUGCUUCACCGUGUACUUGGUGCCCUGCUCCAUUUUCUUCAUCUUGAACUCAAUCAUUGUGUACAAGCUCAGGAGGAAAAGCAAUUUUCGCCUCCGUGGCUAUUCCACAGGGAAAACUACUGCCAUCUUGUUCACCAUUACCUCCAUCUUUGCCACACUCUGGGCCCCCCGCAUCGUCAUGAUUCUCUACCACCUCUAUGGGGCACCUAUCCAAAACCGCUGGCUGGUGCACAUCAUGUCCGACAUUGCCAACAUGCUGGCCCUUCUGAACACAGCCAUCAACUUCUUCCUCUACUGCUUCAUCAGCAAGAGGUUCCGCACUAUGGCAGCCGCCACGCUCAAGGCCUUCUUCAAGUGCCAAAAGCAACCUGUACAGUUCUACACCAACCAUAACUUUUCCAUAACAAGUAGCCCCUGGAUCUCACCAGCCAACUCACACUGUAUCAAGAUGCUGGUGUACCAGUAUGACAAAAAUGGAAAACCUAUAAAAGUAUCCCCAUGACCUCACAGGUUUGGCACCUAGUGCCUCUGUCUAAUCUAUUUCCAGAUGGGAGGGUAGCCCACUUACAAGUGCUAACCUGAUUUCCUAUCUCCACAGACUGAGCAACCCUCAGACUGGUAGACGAGAAAAGAUGGAAGAGAAGAAAGAAAAGCAUCAAUCUUAUUUUCAUUUGUGCAUUUACUUUCACAAUGUCACUUGACAGCAGAAUUUCUACCAGUUUGAAGAUGUCUUUAGAGGUUGUGUCAUCAUCCUGUGGCCAGAGAGGACACAGGAAAGAAAUAGUCUAUGACUUUGCCUUGGCACCAUCCAGUCAUUGGGAACCUCUCAUUUAUGUGACACACCAAGCCACAAUAGCAGGUAGCUGAGUCCACACUCUUCCUCUAAGAGCUGAGGUCAACCAUCGCUUCCCUGUGCCAUCCCCAGCAGCUAAUAAUGCUGACCAUUGGGAUUUGGGAUUUUUCCAAGGUGCCCUUUGUCCUAGAGAAGGUUGUGGUCUUGAAGUGGCCCUGGAACCCUAAGUUACAGAAUGACACUGUAAGGGGACAAGCAAGUAUUAAUCCCAUCCAAACUCUGGCCAGAGCUUCUUUGGAAAGGCUUCAAACCAACAUAACUAUGACCCUCAGACUUGGGUCUAAAAUGCAGGCUUUCUAUUUGUCAUUAUGUAUAGAUUUUAUCUAUCUCCUCCAAAACAAAGACCCCUGCCUGGUGCGUGGGGGGAAAGGAGGAUCUCUUGAGCCCAGAAAAACAAAAAAAUAAGCCCACUCUUGCCAUUGUUCCGAUCCAUCCCGUGUCAGCUGUGUAUGAUCCCUUUACUCAAAAUAGCUUAUUGCGGUGCCACUUAAGCUUCCUGGAGAAGCCUUUUACAUAUAGAGUUAACAACCCUGCCUCCUUGCUUGCUGAAGCCCUCACCAAAUUGUUUUAUCUGAAGUGACUUCCAAACUGGACUUAAUUUUCAAGGGUCAGGAACUGUAGCCCUCCAGGUGUGAAAGGAGACAUUCUUAGCUCUGCCCCACAGUCUACCUGGUAUUACUAUUCAGCCACAAAUGCAGAUAAAAUUCACACGGAAAGGUGCCCAUGUUGUCUGCUUGUGUGCCCUUUGAUGCAUAUGGCUCAAAAGGGUGGUACCAGUUUUCAGUGAAGCUACUUAAUUCAGAUCCUUUGCAAAAUGAUAAAAUAUGAAUUUAUUUAGCCGUUCUCCCCUUGCCUGUCCAAGGCAAGAAGAGCUCUCUGAUGUAAUUAAUAGGGGCUUCCCUCGGAUUUGCCACUCAUGUGUGUACACACACAUGCCCACACAUGUUUGAUUAUAUUAGGCUUAUAUGUAUCCAGUAAUGUAUUUUAAAAGGGAAACCAUGCUGGAGUUCCACUUAUUUAGCUUUUUAAAAAUUUCUCUUCCAGAUUACCAGUAUUUUAAAUUAUCUGUGUUCUGGAAGAAAUCUCCCAAAAUGAUUUUGGAAUUGUAUGGUGUUUUUGGUGAGCAAACAAAAAGCAAACAGUCCUCCUGGAACACUUGGUUCCUCAGGCUGGAUUCUUACUACAUUUUUAGUCCUAAAUUGGAAGACACGUCUACCCUUUUUAAGGAAAUCUGCAAUAAAAUGAGUAUGGUAGAAAAGGCCCCAGUGCAACACAAGCCCUAAACAAUUAGUCAAUGCCCUCAAUACUAAUUCAAUAUAAUUUUAGGUCAUGGUAGUCCUGAUUAUUCUAAUUCCUACUCCUUUUAAAUGACUGCAGUAGAGUCUCAUCUUACCCAAAGAUUAGAUUCUAAAGUCAGUGCAAAAGAAAAAAAUCUGGCAAAGCCGAAGUUACUUCUGCAAGGUCCUGAGGAAGGAACCGUAUUGGAGACCAUAUUCUAAUCCUUAUAAAACCUAACUCAGCUAAGUUCUUCUCCAGCAAUAGAACAGAUUUCUUAUAUCAAGGAUAAGACAAAGUUGGCAUGCAUUUAGAGACCUCCCUUCACUGUAUGAAUCUAAUGUAUCCAAGAACAUUAAGAUCGCACUGGUGCAGCAAGAUGCUCCCACUAGAAGAGGUUCACGGAAGUUGUAUGAGGGACAAACAGGUUAGUAUGUCCCAUAUCACACUCUCCCCAGCGCAUAUGUGCAUCAAAUGGAAUGGUGGGCAGACUCCCCCACAACCUUUAAAUUGCAUUUCUCUUUCAGUUUCUUUUUUGCCAAGCACAUGUAGUCCAAAUAUGUCGUGUUCAUUAAGUGUGUGUAUGAUGCAAUUCCACCACACCCCCUUAUGAAUGAACACUGACCAAAGGCUACCCACACUGAA